AGUAAUUAGAUUUUAGGGAUUGUUAUGAUAAACAAAUUAGAAGAAUUAAAAGUUAUGAUUUUUGAUGAUGUACACUAUGAUAAUUCAAAUCAGAAUGAAAUCUAUUAUGAGAACUCCAAUCAUGAAAUACUUAUAUAAUAAUUGAAAAAUUUAGCUACAGCAUAAGAAGCAAAAAUCUAUAGUACAUUUAAUUCAGAUUGGAAAGGUAUUAAUUAUUAGUGAUGUUUUGUAGCUCAAUUAGAUCCUCAAGUGAGAUAAUGGAUGACUCAAGUUAGAUAACAAUAUUUUGAGACAUAAAAAAAGUCUUAGAAAAUUGUUUCAAAUGUUCAACUCGAAUCUUUCUCAUUAGAUAAUCAAACAGCUGAUAUUCAACUAGAUGACUAUUUCUCAUUAUGAAAUAGAAAAACCAU